AUGACUUGGUUCAUCCAUAGUGCUUUAAUUGGAAUGCUAGCUGGAUCUGGCAAUUCCAACGAAUCGUUCGUGGUAGCGGAUCGUGUUGGUCAUCCAACACCUGGCCCACUUUUCAACGAAGGAGAUCAGGAAAAUAAUUUGUUGGACAAGAGGACGUUGAGCAGGGUUCUGCGGAUCCCAGUUUGCAGAUCGUGGUGUGGGCAGGCCGACAAAGGGAAGGGACGGGCUGGCUCAUCCACUGGGAUGCUGGCUGAUCCAAAGAAACAGAAAGCAGGAGAAACCAGUGAGCAGCCGGAUCCGGUCCUAGUGUUCACUGAACCCGAAAUUAUACAUAUUUUGGAUCAAGCGGGUAACGUAGUGAUAGGAAGUGGGCGAUCUGGUAGGGUGUGGGCAGGACUUAUUCCUGAUGGUUUCAGAGGUGGAUUGUCGGCCCAACAAGUUGCAGUUAAGGAGUAUAGUUUCAGAGAGCUUAAAACAUUUCACCUAUGGGAGAUUGAGAGAGAGCAUCUCAUGAAAUUAAAUCAUCCAAAUAUCGUCAGAUUGAUUGGUUAUUUUCAUGACAAGCCUCACGACGGACAAGAGAAAAAAGCUUUGGUUCUCGAACACGUUCCCGGAGGAAACUUGAAGGAGCGGAUCUUUGGCACUGAAGAAAGACCGGAAGUUGUGCCGAUCGAGUGGGACAAAAGAGUCGAUAUACUUCAUGACGUAGCAAAAGCUAUGACGUAUCUUCAUGAAAAGAAUUUGAUCUAUCGUGAUCUAAAAGCUGUCAACAUAGUGCUCGAUCCUGAGAUGAAUGCGAAAUUGGUUGAUUUUGGAGCGACAAUCGACGGACCUAGGCCCCCAAAUACUUUUAUCCAGGCCCCAGAAACAAUGGGGACACCUGGUUACACAGAUCCUUCCUAUAGAAAGAAAGGUCGUGCCAGCAUAGGAAUAGAUACCUACUCAUUUGGUGUUUUGAUGCUAGUGGUGCUGUUGGGAAGAAAACCAAUCUCCAGGAAGGGCAAAGAUCUAGCAGUAAAAAUCAAUGGCAAGAAGUAUAAAAGUAGAGCUCUUGAUUUUCUUCUUUCAAAGAAAUUGCGCCCUUCUCCUUAUCAACCAAAGGAGCUACAGAGCCUAAUUGCUUUGGCAAGAAGAUGUCUGCGGAAAGCAUCAAAGAGGCCUAGUGAUAAUGAGAUACUCAAGGAGUUCCAAGACAUUCAGGCAUUAAGGCCUGCGCGGCAUCGCUAA